AUGUUCUCCCUACUCAACGAAAGAGCAUUCGUCGUGGAUUCUGGAGAUGACGAUGAUGCAGAUGCCAUAUUUGGUGAUUCUACAAGAAACGACGCUCUUCAACUUCUUCAGUGUGCAAUUCACAAGAAGUUCCUGAGAGAUAAGGAUGUUCUGAAUCUGCCAAUGGAGCACUACGCGUCGAUGCUUUUCGAGUACUUCUCCCAGGAUUCUGGAGCCACGAACGCAUUCAAAGCAACUCAGCAGUUAUUCAGACUGGCUAAUGAUACGAAUGAUAUCGGAGAACGAGUUAUCGGAAUGGUUCGAGAGAUUUUGGCCUACGUUGGACAUGAGAAUCAUUCGGUUAGAAUCGCUGCGUUGGAGAUUCUGGGGGCACCACAGCUUCUGAUGAGGAUCGUUGUGGAGUUGGGAUUGGAGGCGUCGAUUUCUAGAGAAAUUCUGGUUAGGGUUUACGUGGCAAAACACGAUCCGAUUGAGCAGGUGGCGACGGUGGCGGAGACGUUGUGGCAUCAGAAUCAUAUGCAGGCAAAGACGAUUAUUGGGUCGAUGCUAGUUGCUAGGCUCUUUCCUUUUAGGCUGGCUACUAAUUGUAAGCUAAAGAUGAACAUGAGCAAUGCCUCAAAAUCCCAAGGGUUCGAUUUUCCAGACGAAUGUGUGUCUCCAUCCCCAUUGGUCCGUCAAUCUGCUGCCCAGGCUAUGUCCAGCUUCAUCGAAGAACACCCCGAUCAAAUGAAACCCACCCUGACAAAAUUCGACGCCACCUACAAAGACCUCGUUCUGAUUCGCGAGCCAAUCUACGACGACGUCGGACGUCUUCAACGAGAAGCCAUCGAUGAAUCAGACCGAAGAUCAGGCAUCGGGUACACCUUGGUCCUCCUCUCCUCUCUCUGUCAACAAGAAGAUGCUGAGCAAUUGAUCUCCAUUGUUGCCCCUGAAGGACUCUCGGAUCGUCAUCCAGAGUGUAGAAAUGAGCUUCGCAAUGCUGCGGUGGAGACGAUUAGAAGACACGGCGCGGCUUGUAUGAAUGUGUUAUUGCCAUCGUUAGAGAAGAUGUCAGAUGAGACGCCGGCUACAGAUGAUAAUAGAAGACAGGGAUUGGUGGUGUUGUUGGGAACACUUGCACAGUAUAUUGAUAGUACUGAGAAGGUGAAGAGUAUUGUGGCACGGCUCGUGGAAGCGCUCUCAACGCCAAGUCAGACUGUACAGGAAUCCGUAUCCCGCUGUCUGGCCCCACUCGUCCCAAAAAUCCGUCAAGACGCUAAAGACCUAGUCAGCAAGCUGCAAUGGACCCUCUUCGAAGCGGAAACCUAUGGAGAACGACGUGGAGCAGCCUAUGGAAUCGCUGGAUUGAUGAAAGGAAUGGGAAUUAUUGCCCUGAGAGAUGUAGACCUCCUCGCUUCGAUUCAGAAGAAUAUGGAGGACAAGAAGAGUCCGAAACAUCGAGAAGGAGGUCUCCUAGCACUGGAAAUCCUUUGUAGUACUAUUGGAAAGCUUUUCGAGCCUUACAUCCUCAAAGCGCUUCCAGCAUUGCUCAUCACUUUUGGAGAUAACGAUGCAAACGUAAGACAGAGUGCAGAGGACACAGCGAAGGCUAUGAUGGCAGCUAUGACUGUUUAUGGUACCAAGCUGGUACUCCCCUUGCUCCUAGUUGCUAUUGACGAUGACUCCUGGAGAACUAAAUGUGCAGCUACUGAACUUUUGGGAUCCAUGGCAUUCUGUGCUCCUCGACAACUCUCUUCUUGUCUCCCUAACAUCGUUCCAAAGCUUAUUGAAAUUCUGGCGGAUUCCUCUUCCAAGGUCCAGAAGUCUGGAGAGAAGGCUCUUCAACAAAUCGCCCGUGUCGUUAGAAACCCCGAAAUCCUCGGAGUCACCAAUCAACUCAUGGCUGGACUACUGGACCCUGCCAACAAGACGUCAGCUGCCCUUCAAGCCGUCCUCAACACCAAAUUCAUUCAUUACAUCGAUGCUCCGUCGCUAGCACUCAUGAUGCCAAUUGUGAGAAGAGCUUUCGAGGAUAGAAACAGUGAAACGAGAAGAGUGGCUGCUCAGAUCAUCAGUAAUAUCUAUUCGCUAACAGAGAACAAGGAUAUGGAGCCUUAUCUGGCUCAUAUGGUUCCAGGACUUCAGCGAUCUCUUUUGGAUCCGGUUCCAGAGAUUCGUGCGGUUUCAGCGCGUGCUCUAGGAGCAGUUGUUUCGAAAUCUGGAGGAUCCACAUCGGAGAACCUUCGAUCCCAAGUCAUUCCAUGGCUCAAAGAAAAGCUCGUCUCUCCACAAUCCACUGUCGAUCGUUCUGGAGCUGCACAAGGACUGUGUGAAGUGUUGGCUGGAGCCGGAACUGAGCAAUUGGAGUAUGUUAUGCCGGAGAUUAUUCAUGCGACGGAGAGUACCGAGGUGUCAGCUGAGACUCGUGAUGGAUACAUUCUCAUGUACAUCUAUUUGCCAAUGACGUUCGGAGAUCGAUUCGUGCCCUAUUUGCCGCAGGUGGUGCCACCGAUUUUGAAGGCGUUGGCUGAUGAGAAUGAGUGA